AUGGGUCCCCCUCCGUCCAACGAGCCGCCGAAGUACGUCAUCAUGCGCGCCGUCGGCGGAGAGGUCGGCUCGGCGUCGUCGCUCGCGCCCAAGAUCGGCCCCCUGGGCCUCUCGCCCAAGAAGGUCGGCGAGGACAUCCAGAAGGCGACCAUGGACUGGAAGGGCAUGAACGUGACCGUCAAGCUCACGAUCAUCAACCGCCAGGCGACCGUCGAGAUGGUGCCCUCCGCGAGCGCUCUGAUCAUCAAGGCGCUCAACGAGCCCGUGCGCGACCGCAAGAAGGAGAAGAACAUCAAGCACGACGGCAACAUCACCCUCGACCAGGUCAUCGAGAUCGCGCGGACCAUGCGGCCCCGGUCGAUGGCGAAGACGCUCCACGGCACCGUCUUCGAGAUGCUCGGCACGGCCUUCUCCGUCGGCUGCACGGUCAACGGCGAGGCCCCGAUGGACAUCAUGCAGCAGAUCAAGGACGGCGAGCUCGAGUGCCCCCUCGAGUAG